ACACCUGUAAGCUACUAGUUGGAAGCUCACAGACGUCUCUAUGUUUUCCCUCUUAUAAAUCAGCUCACUAUUUGCUUCCUUCUCUCUACUUCUCUGACAAAAUCAUGAUGGUGGAGUCUUAUCUUAUGAGCUCAGGCCUUACUGAUAACACUCCUCAAGGAGGAAGGAGAUGGAGAAGGCAGAAGAAGGCGGAGGUGAGAGCGGUGGAGGGGAGGAAGAGGAGGCUGAGUGAUGAGCAGGUGAAGUUAUUGGAGUUCAGUUUUAGGAGGGAAAGGAAGCUGGAGUGCAGGAGGAAGGAAUCGCUGGCAAUGGAGCUGGGUCUGGAUCCGAAGCAGGUUGCAGUGUGGUUUCAGAACAGGCGAGCCAGGUUGAAGAGCAGGAAGAUUGAAGAGGAGUACUGGAGGCUCAAGUCUGAGAAUGAUGAGGCUGUUAUUGAAAAAUGCCAGCUUGAGAAAGAGGUGCUGAAGCUGAAGGAGAAGUUAUCAGAGACAGAAGAAGAAAUUAAGAGAUUAUCAAUCGACACAAAAAGAGAUGAAAAUAAUAGCAAAGCAAUGGAGAAUUCAAGCCCUUCAUUCUCUGCCAUGAACCAGCAAGCAGUAGCUAAAGAUAUUAACGCAGGAGGAGAGCAGGAAUACUUCAUCUUCAAGCAUGAUUUUAUGUACAGUAAUUACUGGCUAAGUUGGGGAGAUGAUUUGUUUGGAAUGUGAUUAACUGGCUAAUUAGCUCCAGUUUUAAGGCUUGUUUAUUAAGUGGUAUUGGUUUAUGAGCUAGGAUGAUUAGUGUGGUAAUUAUGGAUUAAGGGAUGCUGGUUAGUGUAAAGAGAAGGAUUAGUUGGUUUUUAUCAGAUGUGGUCCUGUUAUGUAUUAUUACUGCUUGUGUUGUUAAUUGGUCAUUAUAAAAAAGAGAGACUAAGUACA